AUGCUUCAUCGAAGUUCAACCAUUGCAGGAAUUAAGCUACCACUUUUGCUUUCAGAAGGACAAGGUAUAGCGAUCGUUGAUGAGCCAACAACACCACAACGUCUAGCGAAUUUCUUUUCGAGGCCAUUUCGAAGUAAUGCAUUGAACCGCACGAAAAGUGCAACAAAAUUGGAAAGAAAGCGUGCAACAAAUCGGAAUGAUUUCACCGAUGAAAAUGCAUGCAAUGAUGAGCGAUUACCAGUUCAGUCUUAUCGUCAUUCAACAUUUCGACCGUAUCCGAUAUCUCAAGAAGAUGAAAAUUCAUUUCGCCCAAGUCGUUCACAUGAAAGUUUAUUAGCUUAUUCGUCUACUACACAUACAAUUGAUUUAGAUGGAGCAGAAGCACAGAUUCAUUCCAUCCAUCCAUCAGCUGUUGACGUAUCAAACUAUUUUGAAUUACAAAAUACCUAUUACAGUUGUCGCAAUUCACGUGAGCGGAAUAGAUGGAUUGAGAAUAUACGACGUACAGCAAAUCCGUUACGUGAUCGAAUGCAUCGAACAGAAAAUUCAUUGGAAUUAUGGAUUUUGGAAGCUAAAGGUAUUCCGAUCAAACGAAAAUACUACUGUGAAAUAUGUCUCGAUAAGACAUUAUACGCUCGAACGUCAGCAAAACCACGUGGUGAUAUUUGCUUUUGGGGCGAACAUUUCUAUUUCAGUCCGAUUCCAAAAUUGGAAAAUGUUUGCAUCAAUUUAUAUCGUGAAGCAGAUGCGAAAAAGAAGAAGGAUCGUUCAACGUUGAUUGGUUAUGUUCAAAUUAAAAUUGAUCAACUUACUACGCGACAUCCCGUUGAACGAUGGUAUACAGUAACAGCAACAUCAGAUGGUACUAAAUUAUCGAAUGCAAUGAAAGAUAAAGGUAAUGGCGAGGUAGCUGCGGUACGUAUUAAGGCCCGUUACCAAUCGGUACAAAUAUUACCUAUGCAGGCAUAUACUGAUUUAUUGACUUUCAUCAAACAGUAUUAUUUAUCAGUAUGUUGUGUUUUGGAGCCGGCAUUAAGUGUAAAAGCAAAAGAAGAUUUGGCUACGGUACUUGUACGUAUCAUGCAUAAAUUACAUAUGGCCAAACAUUUCUUAUGCGAUUUAAUUAUGUCUGAAGUUGAUGUUCUCGAUAAUGAACAUUUGAUGUUCCGUGGCAAUUCAUUAGCAACGAAAGCAAUGGAAGCAUAUAUGAAAUUGGUUGCAGAUGAUUAUCUUCAAAAUACACUUGGCGAAUUUGUUAAAGCAAUGCAACAAUUUGAUAAGGACUGUGAAGUAGAUCCAUUGAAAAUGGCAAAUAUUAGUGUGAUAGCGUUGGAAAAGAAUCGUCAUCAAUUGGUGACAAAUGUUAAAACUGCAUGGUCUAAAAUAUUGGCAAGUGCUGAAAUAUUUCCAAUUGAAUUACGCGAAAUUUUUGUUACCCUACGACGACGUUUGGAAAAAAUUGGUCGACUUGAUCUUGCUGAUACGCUAAUUUCAUCUAGCAUUUUCCUGCGAUUUCUUUGUCCAGCAAUACUUAGUCCUAGUUUAUUUAAUCUAAUUUCUGAAUAUCCUUCGGGACACGCAGCUCGUAAUCUUACACUGAUCGCUAAAACACUACAAACAUUAGCGAAUUUUACAAAAUUUGGUGGCAAAGAGCACUAUAUGGAUUUUAUGAACGAAUUCGUGGAACAUGAAUGGGAUAAUAUGCAUCGAUAUCUGAUGAAAAUUUCAACAUUACCAGCAAAUAUUCAACGAAAUUCGGGUGAAAAUGACUGGAAUAUAUCGGUUGAUAUUGGGAAAGAAGUAUCAUUGCUGUAUUCCUACUUAGAUGAACUGUGGACACCUGAGAUUCAUGAACAAGCAGCUAAAUAUGGAUCACAGAUGGCAGAAUUGCGAUUCAUUUUAGCAAAAUUACGCUAUAUACGAAUGAGAAAUGAUGGUUGUAAAGAUUAUGAAUUAUUAACAGUUGAAAGUUCACCAUCUGAUUAUGAUAAUACAAACGUUUCAAGAUUACAUGCAUAUAAUAAUAAUGCGAAACUUCCAACACACAUCCGUAAUACAGUAAGCGAAUCACAUGUGAUAACAAAAGGAUCUCCAGCAACUCAUUUAAACACAAAUGAUGAUUAUGUGUUAGAUAUUGCUUUAUUAAAUGAUAGUUUGGCAGUACGACAAGCCGGUUUAACCGUACAAAAACAUCGGAAUGGACAUCAUCGUAAUCAACGAUAUUUUAAUGAGAAUGCUUCUUGUGAACGACAUAACAAAAGGAAUCCAUAUAUGGCAUUACCAGAUAUUUCAUCAAGUCGUGAAAGAAUUAUUGCAUUUGAUGCUAGCAAUGAAACAACGCAUGAAUCUUCAAUAACACGUUUUCGUCAUACACGUCCACCGCGUAAAAAUAAACGACGGACCACUGUAUCAACAGAUCGUGAACAAACAACAGUUACAUGUCCGGAUACUAUUGUUGCACCCUCAUCUAGUGGAUAUCAAAGUCAGAAUCACAGUAGCAGUUUGAGUUCAUCGAAUAGUAGCAGUCCAGUGGAACGUUCAACAAAACAAAACAAUCAUCCCACUUAUCAUUCAACAUUGCAACCAUCCAAUCCGAUAUUUAAUGGUCAUGAAUGCAAUCCGUCAACAUCAUCAUCAUCCGGAAAUUCUGAUAAACUAUUAGUUGAUGAUGAUCGACGUUGCAUACGUUCCGCUCCAUCUACAAUGUAUAAGACUUCUGCACAUCCAUCACAUUUACAAAUAAUGGAUGAUAAUAGUAUUAUUUAUGAUGUACCAAAAUGUUCAUUACCGAGAACUAAUCCUCAUUGUUCCUCGCGUAAUGCAGCUGCUAUGGGCAAUGGAGCUAUCUUGAAACCAACGUUAAUUGAUAUAGGUAAUGAUGGAGGUAAUGAGACACGAUUAACUUUACAAGCAAGAUCUUCUGAUUAUGCUAACUGUAACAAUAAUAAUAAUAGUAAGAAGAAGAAGAAAGAGGAAAACGAUGAUGGUAAUAAUGAUAAUGAAAGUAAUGAUAACGACUGUGAUGAUAAUAAUACUGUGAAAGAAUGUGGUACAAAAUGGUGUUUUACCGAAGAACGAACAAGUGGUAUGAAGCAAUGGCCAAGAAAAGAGUCACAUACACUCAGCCAACAGGAAAUAAUUGAGCAACAGAAACGUGAAAUUCGACGAUUAAUGAAGGAGAAUGAAGAGUUAAAACGACGUGUUGCUGCACAGAAUCAAACAGUUAGUGAUUCCAAAAAUACCAAUCCUGAAACGGUUAUACGUGAUGGUUAUGUAUCGGAAGAAAGCUAUGAUUCGUUAAGCUCAUCCAAUGACCUUCAAUUAUCAUCGAAAAAUACUAAAGCGAUUACCCAUUGUUAG